UCGGACGCCCCGCUCUUACAAAUCGUACAUCGUGAAAAAUGAAAUAUUUUCUGUUUACAUUACCAAUCAUAUCUUUAACAAAUAUAUAAAAGUUAAGUUUGCUUUUAUAAAACUGUGCUAAUAAUUUUCCGUGGGAGGAACAUCCGUGCACGAUGAAGGCUUCGACGUCACGAGUGAAAUAAUAAAUACAGCUACGAGUCGUUUGUAUAAAGAAACGUAUUCGUAUCAAAGCAGACGGAAUAUGAUCAUGUGUUAGUGUUAAGUGAUGAACAAAGGUGCAUUAUCCAUCACAAUGCUAGCGGGCGAUGACACACGACACAAACAUACCAACAUCAGUUACAGUAUAAACGAUACUUAUAACUACUUCGACGACUCAAGAUUGUUGACGCUAUUACAACAGAAAGGGAGUAACAAGACAACGAAUAUAGAAGAUUGGUUGAGAACGUUGGAAGAUUUGAGAAAUAAAUACAAUAUAUCAAUUAUUAAGGAGUGUGAUCGUUUCGAGUAUUGUGCGGGAGAUAUCAGGAACUUAAUAAUUGCGUAUAACAGUAUCCACGGAUACAUCAGCUUAUUGAUCUGUCUCUUUGGUAGUUUGGCAAAUGCGUUAAACGUAGCAGUUCUGACAAGGAAGGAUCUCGCUGCAGCUCCGAUCAAUCGCCUGCUCAAGUGGCUGGCGGUCGCUGACGUGUUUGUCAUGUUGGAGUAUGUUCCCUUUGCCAUCUACAGAUAUCUGCUGUUCCCCGGUCAAGUGGACAGGCCCUAUUCCUGGGCAGUGUACAUGCUGUUCCACAUGCACUUCACACAAAUCCUGCACACCGCCUCGAUAUUACUCACGCUGUCGUUAGCCAUCUGGCGGUAUAUCGCUAUCAAGUAUCCAUCUCACGGGCCAUCUCUGUGCACGGAACGGCGCUGCUCUCUUGCUAUUAUAAGUAGCUUUUUGCUUCCUCCGAUACUCUGCAUUCCUUCCUAUUUCGUAUUUACUAUACACGAAGAUUUUACUUUAGACCGAUCGCCAUCAAAGGUUUACUACGUAGAUUCAAAUUACGACGGCAGCCUUUAUCAGAUCAACUUUUGGGUUCAUGCUGUGGUCAUUAAGUUGCUGCCAUGCGUUAUCCUGACCGUAAUUAGUGCGUGGUUAAUCCGGGUAUUGUACCGAGCGAACAGUCGGAAAAAGGCACUUAAGGGAUACAGUGCGUGUCCAGCAGAUACGGUCGUCAAUGGUAAUGGGAAUAUUUUCAAAAGAAAGUCGACUAAGCGAACCAAGUCUGAGAGGAGGACAGAUAGAACCACGAGAAUGCUCGUCGCAGUACUGUUGCUGUUCCUGUUGACGGAAUUCCCACAAGGUAUUUUGGGUUUGAUGAGCGGAUUGCUAGGCAGAUGUUUCUUCAAGCGGUGCUACGAUCUCUUCGGGGAGCUGAUGGACGCCCUCGCCCUCCUCAACGGAGCCAUCAAUUUCAUCCUGUACUGUUCCAUGUCCAAACAGUUCAGGACGAACUUCAGGCAAAUUAUGUGGAGCCGAUGUGCUCCGACUCCCCGAGCGAGCUCACACACCGAAUUGCAAACAACAUAUGUAUGAAAGAGAUGGCAAUAGUCAGACAUUUGAAGACAAGAAUAGAAAGAUAAAGUUGUGUAUAGCAUUUGUAUGUAGAAUUUUAAUGAUUACUCAGUUUACAUAUACGAGCUUCAACGGUAUAAUGGUCGAAGUUCAUUUGUGACUAGGCGUUCAUUCUCGGUAAAUAAAUAUUUUGUAUACAGAAAUAUAAUGAUAUACAUGAUAAAAAUAAGGGGUUUAAAAAUAGAAUUGCAAAAUUACAAUUCUCUAUAUAUCCUUUGAAAUAUAAUAUUUUAUGACAUUUAAAGAAAUUGCAAUCUAUUCAAUGAAAUUGGAAUGUCAGUCACAAUCUGGUACAAUUCAGAAACUGGUGUAGGAAUAAUAUUGUAAACUAUAAAUUCCGUUAUAAAAAUAAGCUGUUUAUGUAUCCCUUAGCCAGCUUAAACAUUAAAGAAAUAAAUUGUAUAUUAGUGUAAGUGUGAUUGAGUUGUAUAAAUUGAAUUUACGUUAAAGCCCGCUUACUAUAUUUAAAAAUACGAUUCGUUUUGCGUCUGAUCAGGUCAGUCAGAACUGUCUAAAAUUUUAUACUCACGGAUCAACACCUACCAAAAACGGAUUAUAGGGUAAAUGUAUGAAGAUGACAUAAUGUAGCGUAACAAUGAAAAAUGUAAUAAUGAAUUAGAAAAUACUACUAUCCACUAGCAUAAAUAAUUGUUUGAAUAAAGUAACGCGGGCUUUGUUAAAAAUGGAACUUCAUUGUGCUGUGAUGUUUACAUAAAUCUGUUUAAACUAGUUUCGCGAUUGUUAAUGAUUUUAAGAUAAGCCAAACAUUAAAGAAACUAUUUUAAGAAUAA